GAAAAUAAAAAUACGACGCGCUGGCACUAUGGUUGUAGAAACUUGUCAAAAAGAUAGUGAUUUUAGAAAUAUUUCGUAAAAUGUGGUGGUAUUUGUGUUGAAUACUUCUUAUAAAUCAAAGUUUAUUGGUAAUAAAAAGGAUAGGGACAAAGUUUUUGCUAAAAUGGAAUCGGACCCUGCGCUUCACGGUGAUGUUCUUGAUGGCGCGGAAGUGUCUCCUUCCGCCGACAAUCAGCAAGCAACUAUAGCAGAAAUAUCUGCUAAUAAUGCAACAGGAGACGAGACAGAAGCUUCUGCAGCCCCUACAAGUAGCAGCCAUGCUUUGGAGGCAGAGCCAGACGCAGAACCGGCAGAAAGUGAAUUGCAACCUUCUGAGCAAGCUGCAGCGGAGGGGGAGGAUGAGAUGGACAUAGAUGACACCACAUCUGGUGCUGUAGCUGAUGAGUCUGCCUACAUAGGAGACAACUGUUUGUCCACUCCUGCAGCCACAGAAGACAACUCCCCUCAGGAUACGGAGGGCCACUUGGACCCUCUGAUGAAGGACCAAAGUCUGGAGGACACUGACGGCGGUGGAGACGCCCAGGAGGAGUCUCCAGAUCAGUCUAUCAGCUCAGCUAUGCCUAUUGACAGUGGAGUUGGUGAUGGAGCACCUAUGAUUCAGGAUGAUGAAUCAAGUACAAUGGAUGAUGACUUGGGCGGCGGCGAAGGCGUGGCCAGCAGUGACGACGUCAAUGACAUCAGCAGCGCCGCUCAAGACGCCCUCAGUGCUGCCAUCAGUUCGAGUACAACAGAAGGCGGGGCUGACAUAUCGAGCAGUGGUCAAAGCGAAGCGGCGCUCAUAUCGUCAACAGCCAACGGGCCGGCGGUGCUACACUCAUUCUCCCUCACACCACAGCAGAAACCUGAUGACGUCGGUGACGCGGACACUUCGGAGAUGGAAGGCGCGGCCGACCAGAUGCCGACAGCUAGUGAGUCCUUACCGAUACUCUCGAUGUCGGCUAACGGAUCUGCUAUGAUGUCUCCUACUUACACUCAACCAGACGACGCAGGCGAAGAAGGUGCGGGUGGAGUAUCGUCGUCCGCGGAGGGCGGCGCGGGCGAGGCGGAGGGCGCUGUGAGCAGCUCGGGGGGCGGCGGGGGGAGCGGGGGCGGGGGCGCGGCCAACGGCGCGCCGCCGCUGCCGCCCGCCGACGCCGCGCAUGCGCUCGCCACGCUCGCCAGCGCCGCGCUGCACCACCAUGAACAGGCCGAAACGGAGGAGCCGAAACAACAGAAUGACGAAGAUACAUGGUACACCGUCGGAAUUGUGAAAGGAACAACAUUUACGGUUCAAAACUACAUAUCAGACCCGAACCUGGACCUGUCGAACUUAUCCCUGGACAACUUGCCCGACCUAAGCACGUUCGCGACGACGCCCCUGGAACACGGCACCGCUUACAAGUUCCGUAUCGCUGCCAUCAACUCCUGCGGUCGCGGGGAGUACAGCGAGGAAUCAGCUUUCAAAACAUGUUUACCUGGAUUCCCGGGCGCGCCGUCAGCGAUAAAGAUCUCCAAGUCGGUGGAGGGCGCGCAUCUGUCCUGGGAGCCCCCGCAGGUCGCCGCCGAAGGCAUCUUCGAGUACUCAGUGUACCUCGCCGUCAGGUCCAACACACAGCCUAAGGAGGCAUCCAAGUCGCAGCUCGCGUUCGUGCGCGUGUACUGCGGCAAGGCGAACACUUGCGUCGUUCCUCAAUCGUCGCUGAGCGCCGCGCACGUGGACUCCUCCACUAAGCCCGCCAUCAUCUUCCGCAUCGCCGCGCGCAACGACAAGGGCUACGGGCCCGCCACGCAAGUCAGGUGGUUGCAAGAUAUCAAGUCUACAGGAGUGAAGCGGGCGGGCGAGGGCCGGCUGCCGGGCGCUUCGCCCUCCAAGCAGCCGAAACAGAUCCUGCACUAGAUAACAUUUGUGUUGUGCCUGAGUGAGGUAGGUUCUCACCACCGGUGUACCAGUCGGGAACUACGUUUGACAUCAUGUAUAAGUACAUUCUUUUUUAGCAAAUGAAUUUAGAAUAUGAAAUCUCAAUUUUAGUAAAAACUAUUUCAUUACUAUUGACUUUCACCAGUUUUAUAAGUUUAAUAAUUAAUAAGCUGUUGAUUAACGUUAAAACAAGGUUAAAACUUAUAAUUUUGUAUCCCCGUCUAUCGUUACAUGGUGACCAAUGACUGAUUGUGGAGUGUAUAGAGCGAAUGGAGUGCAAAAUUAUACCUAAGAAUAUGUAAAAUAGCUAUCUUUCGAUAGAAAAUAAACGUGGAAAUAUCAA